AUGGGAAACUCUUGUGCGAGUUGCACAGAUUUCUCAUUCUCGAAAACAGCUUCAGGAUCUGUCCUGGAUAGAGUGAUCUCUCAAGCAUCUAACGAAGACGAUUGUUUGUUGUAUAAGUUAGCGGAUUAUAAAAAGGGAGGAGAAUUGAUCAACGUGUAUAAUAAUGGUGGCCAGGACGAAGCGGAACGAUUUAUUGUUGAAAAAUUACCUGGUCUUAUGUAUAAUAAUGGUAAAGGUCAAGUGAUAAAUCGAAAUGAUUAUUUGAGAUGGAAAUUUCAAAAUCGUAAACACGUGGCUGUUAACGUUGAGGAAAGGCCUGGUCCACAUGAUCCAUUGACAAGAUGGGUGGACCAUGUGGCGUGCUGGCAAAUGCAGUACAGAGGAUCAUUAGGCGAAAGUCUAUUACACGUAUUAAUCAUAUGCGAUACAGUGAUACACACUCGGCUAUCCCGACUACUUCUCAAACACUACCCGAUGUUAAGUCAAGAUGUAGUGGAAGGCGAAGAAUAUCUCGGUGCUAGUGCGCUACAUUUGUCAAUUGCUUAUAACAACAACGAUUUAAUCCAAGAUUUGGUUGAUGCCGGAGCGAAUAUUUGUCAAAGAGCUAUAGGCAGUUUUUUCUUACCACGUGAUCAACAGAAUAAAGAAAUCAAUAUCAAACACACGGAUUACGAGGGACUAGCGUAUCUCGGUGAGCUGCCGUUAGCAUGGGCAGCGUGUUGCGGUAAUCAAACCGUAUAUAAUCUGUUGAUUGAUGCUGGAGCAAAUCCCGACGCUCAAGAUUCUUUUGGAAAUAUGAUUCUCCACAUGGUGGUCGUUUGUGAUAAACUAAGUAUGUUUGGUUAUGCUUUGAAACACCCUAAAGUACCAGCAAGUAAUGGUAUCAUGAACAUGGCUGGACUAACACCUUUAACACUAUCGUGCAAAUUAGCAAGAACGAGUGUUUUCCGCGAAAUGUUAGAAUUAAGUGCUCGAGAAUUUUGGAGAUAUAGUAAUAUUACUUGUUCGGCAUAUCCUUUAAGCGCAUUAGACACAUUACUUCCAGAUGGAAGAACAAAUUGGAAUUCAGUAUUGUUUAUAAUUUUGGACGGUACCAAAGAAGAACAUUUAGAUAUGCUUGAUGGAGGCAUAAUCCAAAAACUAUUAGAAGAAAAGUGGAAAACUUUUGCUCGAAAACAAUUUAUGAAACGUUUAGUUAUAUUAUCCAUCCAUCUAAUCAUGUUGAGUAUUUCUAUAUAUCUAAGACCCGUGGAUCAAGAUAAACCAUUGUUAGGAGAAGCGGAAGACUGGCAAGAUGUGGCAAGGUAUUGUUUUGAAGGCGGAACAGUAGUCGGAGUGUUGUCAUAUUUAAUCGUUCAACAAGGUGGAGAAAUACUCAAUCAAGGUCUUGUAGGAUUUUUGAAACAAACGUUCAAAGAACCGGCCAAAUUAAUAUUUCUGAUUUCAAAUUUAUUGAUAUUGGCUUGUAUACCACCAAGGAUGAUGGGUGACAAACAGACGGAGGAAGCCAUAUUAGUAUUUGCAGUUCCCGGAUCAUGGUUUUUGUUAAUGUUUUUUGCCGGUGCCAUACGCCUGACUGGUCCUUUCGUAACUAUGGUGUACUUGAUGAUCACAGGAGACAUGCUAACUUUUUUCGUCAUUUACUCAGUAAUUUUGUCUGGUUUUACGCAGUCAUUUUUUUUCCUCUAUAAAGGAUCGCCAGACGUCAGUACGUCAUUAUAUAAAUCUUAUCCUUCUACGUGGAUGGCCUUAUUUCAAAUUACUAUGGGCGAUUACAAUUACGCGGAUUUGAGUUAUACUGUGUACCCCGCGCUUAGCAAGACUGUGUUCACAGUUUUCAUGGUGUUGGUGCCCAUUUUAUUACUCAACAUGUUAAUAGCUAUGAUGGGCAACACCUAUGCGCACGUCAUCGAACAGAGCGAAAAGGAAUGGAUGAAACAGUGGGCCAAGAUUGUAGUUACUCUUGAGAGAGCUGUACCACAAAAAGCGGCCAGGAAUUAUCUCGAAGAAUAUAGUAUUCAGUUGGCUCCCGGCGACGAUCUAAAUCCGGAACAAAGAGGAUUCAUGGUAAUAAAAUGUAAAAGUCAAACUAGAGCGAAACAGCGAAAAGGUGCUGUCAUCAAUUGGAAGAAAAGUGGAAAGUUAGUCAUUCAAGAGCUUCGUAGAUUAGAAGGCACUGGCCAAAAUUUAAGAGAUAUGAUUUGGAAACGAUCUUCUCUAUCAGCGUCUUCUCCAGUCACUAAAAGUGUAUCAAUAACAAAAAAUAAAAGUAAGUCCUAUUCUGAAGCAAAAGAUGACCAAAUUCGGCUUUCUGGUGCGCUAGGAGCAGCACUAGACGCGAUCGCUGUAGCUCAUGAUUUAGACAUGACUCUAACAAAAGAUGAAACGAUUGAUGAAUUACAUGAUCCCUUAAGACAAUUAGUAAUAAUGUCAGAAAGUGAUAAAAAUAUUGACAAAAGCCAAGUCGAAAUAGUGGCAAAUGCAGCAGCAAAAAUUGCAAACCAAGAUUCUAUAAAACCAAUACCGAUUAAUUUAGAGCAACAAAAUAAUAUAAACAAUGAUAACACUAUAACUGCAACUCCUGGUAACCCGGUUACAAAUAGAAAACUCCUAAACAAGCAAUCUAAAAAUUUAAGCAUGUAUGGUUUUGAAAGUCAGGACAUGUCGGUAGAUAAAUACAGCAAAGCAAUUGUAAUCACAAGAAGUAUUUCAACUCAAACAGGAGGUAUUGGUAUUAUUGAAAAAAAUGAGCGGCAGAUAAUAAGACCAAAAACUGCAAAAAUCAAUCGUGUUACGCCCACGCAGAAUUUCGCCGUGAAAAGAGGCCAAUCGGCACAGCCAGACAAACGGGAGGAUCAUAGAGAUAACAAGGAGCAACAGUGUUAUUGCAUCAGUGGCAACAACAUGUUGCGGCCCUGGAGCACGCAAGAUCUAGCACCGCUGAACACGAUUAUGGCUUGGGGUCCCAACGAUGAUUUCUGACCGAACAACAAAAUAUAAUAAAACUUAUUAUAUUUUAUUACGCAGUGGCAGCGAAACGGCCAUUAUAAUCGAUUAUUGAAUAUUGCAAUUAUACCUGGUUACCGGUAUGCACUAAUGUAGCGUCGCUUUCUGAAAUCCGUAGCUUUUACACUAAAUUUCCCUUUAAAAUUCCACAAUUAUAUGGUCUAAUUCAUACACAACUAGACUUUCACAACUGUGUAACCCGUCGUGAAGCGGCGGAUAUAUCAUUCCUAUAUAGUCGUAUCAACAGUCACAUUAUUUCUCCGUGAUUAUUUAUAUCAUAUCCAAUUUUAAGUCCCACUUCAUUAUUACAGGUUUAUCUAACUUAAAACUUAUAUAUAUAUAUCCUAUAUUGUAAUACUUAUUUCGCAAAAUACUCAUCUCUAUUUAAAUAUUCAUUGCCGAGUAAUAAUUAUUCUGUAUCCGGUGUAUUUUCUGAUUUGUUAAAUAUGAUAAGUCAUACCCAUAAGUUAUACGUUAAUUUAAUUGAUAACCAAGUAUCAAUUC